AUUGCCUUGAACUCGGCAGAGUGCCGCCCGUGGAUAGCUGCGGGCUGCAUCUGAGUCUAGCUACCUAUACGUAUCGGCUACAGUCGCUGGACGCGGCCGCAGCGCAUAACUCUCGCAGAAAUUGCGGCAGUGCAGCACUCUCAUCACUGCAGCUGGCCUCUACGCGUACGGCAGCGGUCGCCGGAGGGUGCGAAGAGUAGCCUUGGAUCCACCGACUGACGACCGCAUCGAUGCGCCUCGUUCUGGCAAUGUUACUCCGCCACGCCUCGUCCGUAGCGGUGCGGACCGCCCUGCGCGACGCCGUCGCCGCGUUGCAUAAGGCCAAGGUCCCGGAGGCCCAGGCCUCGGCCGAGUGGCUGCUGGUCCACGCCCUAGGCGAGUCGGACCGGAAUUCGGUGACACGCGCGAUCGCGACGAAGCGAGACCUCGACGCAUCAGAACAAGCACAGUUCUCCGCAUUUAUUGAAAGGCGAUUAACGAGGGAGCCCGUCCAGUACAUCGUGGGCACGUGGGCCUUCCACGACGUCGAACUCGAGUUGGAGCCGCCGACGCUGAUCCCGAGGUGAGCGCGUCCACUGAAACGCCGUCGACGCUUCGCCGCCGCAGGCCCGAGACCGAGGAGUUGGUGGAUUUGGUGCUGGACUGGUGGGGUUCGUCUACGGCACAUUUCGCGGAUGUCGGCUGCGGAAGCGGGUGCCUCGGACUGGCUUUACUAAACAAGCUGCCGGAAGGCUCUUCCUGUACCGCUAUUGAUAUUUCACAAGAGGCCGUCUCCCUGUCAAAACGGAACGCUAAAAAAUUGGGCCUUUCAUCCGUAUACGACGCGUCGCGCCAAUCGGCCGAUCAGCUGGAGGGCGCCUUCGACUUUAUUGUAUCAAACCCGCCCUACAUCCCGUCUCAGGAUCUCCGAGGCUUGGACGCCGAGGUCGUUGACUUUGAGGACCCGCGAGCUUUAGAUGGUGGUGCCGACGGUUUGGUGGUCGCGCGUCAGUUGUUGGCACGGGCGCCCUUGGUCUUGCGGGGGGAUCGCAAGGGCGUGUGGCUCGAAUUGGAUGAGACGGGGCCGGCGCUGCUGAAGCCGUCUUUCGCGUGCGAAAGCUUCGUUGAUUUGGCGGGGAAGGAGCGGUUCGCGCGGGUGGACUUCUCCUAGCCCCCUUGUUUGUAAGUUGUUUGUUCAGA